GCCCACUCCCGGACACCCCGCGAUGAUGGUGGAAGCCGUGGCGGUUGAGCGGGGGUUGCGGCUGGCGGCCCAGUUGGCUGACCGAGAUUUCCUAGUACAAUGGCAGCCAGAGAGAGGAUGAAGAAAAGAGCAGUUUUUGAUGCUUCUCCAGAUAACCUGCCUUGGAGGAGCUCUGGGAGGCAGGCGAAGAAGAAAGCAGCAGAGGCCACAGAUGAGGAGGAAGCGGGUGCAUCAGAGAAGUACAGGAAAUGUGAAAAGGCAGGCUGUACAGCCGUGUGUCCUGUGUGCUUUGCCAGUGCUUUUGAGAGGUCUGUUGGAUGUGCUAAAAAUGGCUACACGUCCCGAUGGUAUCACCUUUCCUGUGGAGAACAUUUUUGUAAUGAAUACUUUGACCAUUAUUAUAGAAGCUCCGCACAUGAACCGGUACUUCCAGCCUUUCUACCAGCCCAGUGAAUGCGGCAAAGCCCUGCGCAUGAGGCCUGAUGUGAUGGAGCUGCAUGAGCUCUACGAGUUUCCAGAGUAUUCCCGAGAUCCCACCAUGUACCUGGCGUUAAGAACCCUUGUUCUUGCCCCGUGGUACACGAACUGCAAAGUGUCAGCAUGCAAAGCAAUGACAUGAAGACAUCUUCAUUUAUAUGUGCCAUAGUUCAAAGUUAGUUUCAUUUGACUUGGAAAUUUGACUGGUAGAAGGAAAGAAUUCUAGCGGAAGUCACUGUAACUCCGAUCGACUUUAGUUUGUGGGUCUUGUGCGCAUCCGCUGUGUCCAGGAGGUGGAGAGGAUUCUGUUCUUCAUGACCAGGAAAGGCCUUAUCAACACAGGAGUUCUCACCGUGGGCGCGGGCCAGUAUCUUCUUCUGAAAGACUACCACAGUGAUGUUCCUCAGUUGCUUCGGCUGGCCUAGAAUUCAGCGUGUAGGCCAGGCUGAUCUCAGACUUAUAGCAAUCCUCCUGCCUGUAGCACUGAGUGCUAGAAUUACAGGCAUGGGCCCCCUAUGCUGGGCUUAUGCUCGGCACUUUAUGUGACUGGAGAGGUUCUGCAUCUGCUGGCUGCCUGGUGAUUCCUCAUAGACUCUGAAGUGGGGACUGUACUGGAAGCCAAAGACAGAAUUGGAGGCCGGGUAUGAGAUGACAAAUCUUUUAAAGGUGUCACGGUGGGAAGAGAACCUCAGAUUGUCAAUGGAUGUAUUAAUAACCCAAUCGCGCUGAUGUGUGAACAAGUACUUCAGAAGAUUUAUGAGAAGAUACUUUGCAAAAGGAAAGCACUUUGGAAGGAAAAUACCAAGCAAUGGAGAGAGCAGCGCCAUUUGAACUUGUCAGAGAUAAAGGGAGCCAUUGUGAGGGAUGGACACCAGGCCUAUAGAAACCGCUGACCAAACUGAACUGUGUCCAGUGCAGAGGAGUCGGUGGUAGGAGCGCACCUGGACUUGGAGGUUGGAGAGGAGGUAGAAUUGAGAGUCAAAGACAGCGUUGCCUGUCUGUGACCUGUUGGAUUGACAUGAUGGAGGAGGAGGAGGAGAGGGAGCAACCGUGCGGGCGCAGCAGCCCGUGUGGCAGGGAGCUCGCACUGCUGCAGGACAUCGUGAAGACCCUGGGACAAGGGACGUUUUCCAAGAGAGAGGUUGUUCGGCAGCACCACAGGAACGGGCUGGAGUGCCUGAGGAUCUCCCAGGUGGUUCACAUCACCCACACCUGGGUCGUUCGUGACACUGUCGUGAUAAGAACACUGCACCACCAGCACAUCACUCAGAUGUUCCGUAUGCUCCAGAGCUCCGAGCCUGUGGGCGCCGUCACGGAACAUGCCAUGGCCGGAUUUCAUGGGACAAUUAAGACACAACUAGGCAGGGCGAGGGAGGCCCAGGCCCUGUGGCCUAUUCACUACCACCAAUGGCCAGACGUAGCCUGCCAUGGUUUAAGGCCAGAAAAUGUGGUGGUAAGUGUCAGAUGGCAGUUGCAAUUAGGUCCCUUUGGACAGACACUACGUGUCACCAUCACGAUGCGCCGUAGGCCCUUUGGUGACAGUGGGGAUGAGGGAUGUCAGGCGGAGCCAGACCUUCCCGCCAUCGGCCCAUCGGAUGUUUCUUCAUCCCUGUCAUCACUGAAAAGGAGCCACACCUUUUCAGACUUUUCCACCGUGGGCAAGCCUGCAACUCGACACCAAAGGGCGAGGAAGAAGCGAAGGAAGGUGCGGCGCCGAGUCCGGAGCAGACCUGUUGCCCGCCUCAGUCCUAUUCCCGAAGAGAGCGAGGAGUCCUCCAGAGAGGAUCUUGAGAGAUGCCCAUGCCCUGGGGAUCCACCACCCCAGGCCCCCCAGGGUGAGACCACCACCUCGCCACACAGCCUACAGCUCAGAAGCUGGGGAGGAAUCCUGAGAAGUAUUGGAAAACAGUUAAGAAAGUUAUGUUGCUACUGUUGCCAGCCCGAGGAAGUAGCCCCACGCCCUGUGUGGAACAUGUGAGAACUGGUCAAGAUGUCUGCAGGGUUUUCCGGCUCUGCCAGGCACAGGCUGAAGCCUUCGGGAGAGGGGUCUUUGCUCUGAGGCAUGGCCAAGGAACCCCCAGAGACACAGGAGGCCAUGCCCUCUCCAAGGCCAGCACACCAGAAAAUAUCUGGACACAAAAAUCCUGUUAAAUUAUGAGGGAAUGUUUUUCAUUUUCUUGUCAUGUUAGUUUUUUUUAUUAGUUUAUUAGUUUACAGUAAAAGCUAAUCUUUAAUAAGUUUUUGUUCUCAAAUCCCAUUAAAAUAUAGUUCUUGAAUGUUUCUAAAUUUCAUAGUGAUAUUUUUAUAUUUUAAGUUAUAAGCAUUGCAUUUUUCUUUUCUUUAAUUACAGAAGAAAUAUACAAUUAUAUAAAAAUUCUCCCCCAUCUGGUUAGAAGGCACACAGGAAUUUAAUGUUUUGCCCCUAUCAUACAUUCCUCUUUAGAGGAUUACUUUAACAGUUUAGUAUGUGAUUUCAUCUAAAAAGUGACAUUUUGAACAAAGUUUUAUAUGGUGCAUGAGGAAAAAUUAAAUAUGCAUUUAUUACA